UGACUCAUUAUCUUCGGCACCGCUCUGCACAGUUUCUCCCAGAGCUGGGAAGGGUCCUGUAUGUGUUGUUAUUGUAAUUAUUAUUAUUUGUAAAUAAAUAUUACAUAUACAGAUUAACGUCAACGCACAAGCUAUCGCGCAUCCAAAAAUCCAAGCGGGGAAUCGCAGAUCAGAUCAGAAAUGUUCGCCAGCCGGCAGCAGCGCACGUUACCUGCACUCGCCCUUCUGCUGGUGGUCCUGAACCACGUCGUCACUCCGACACUCUCGGCCACCUGCUCGGCGGGGUUGUUCCAGUGCGCCAAUGAGAAGUGCAUCACCACGCGGUGGGUGUGCGACGGCACCGAUGACUGCGGGGACGGCAGCGACGAGGUCACCUCCGUCUGCAUGGCCAAGACCUGCAAGCCCAGCGAGUUCAGCUGUGGUGGGCGGCUGAACCAGUGUGUGCCCAGUGGGUGGCGCUGCGACGGCAAAAAGGACUGCGAGAAUGGUGCCGAUGAAGAAAGCUGUGCCCCCAGGGAGUGCGCGGACGACGAGUUCCGCUGCCGCAACGGGAACUGCGUGUCGGUGAGCUUCGUGUGCGACGAGGAGGACGACUGCGAGGACGGCAGCGACGAGGCCUCCUGCCCGGCCCCCACCUGCGGCCCCGCCUCCUUCCAGUGCAACAACUCGGUGUGCGUCCCCCGCCUCUGGGCCUGCGACGGCGACGCCGACUGCGCGGACGGCUCCGACGAGGGGCCGGCGGCCUGCGGGGGCCAGGCGGGGCCGGCGCCCCCCCACGCCGCCCGCUGCUCCCCCCUGGAGUUCCAGUGCGGCGGCGGGCAGUGCAUUCACAGCAGCUGGCGCUGCGACGGCAGCAACGACUGCCCGGACCACUCCGACGAGGACAACUGCAUUAAGCCCACGUGCAGCCCGGACGAGUUUCAGUGCAGCGACGGCGCCUGCAUCCACGGCAGCAGGCAGUGCGACAAGGAGUACGACUGCAAGGACCUGAGCGACGAGCUGGGCUGCUCCAACGUGACCAAGUGCGAGGGCCCGUCCAAGUUCCGGUGCCGCAGCGGGGAGUGUAUCGGCGUGGACAAGGUGUGCGACAGGCAGAGGGACUGCCGCGACUGGUCCGACGAGCCCGUCAAAGAGUGCGACAACAACGAGUGCCUGAUCAAUAACGGAGGCUGCUCCCACACCUGUAAUGACCUCAAGAUCGGGUUCGAGUGUCUCUGCCCUGAAGGUUUCCACCUGGUGGACAAGAAACGCUGUGAAGACAUUGAUGAGUGUGCCAACCCCGACACCUGCAGCCAGAUCUGUGUCAACUUAGAGGGGAGCUACAAGUGCGAGUGUGAAGAGGGCUACCAGAUCGAUCCCGUCACCAAGUCCUGCAAAGCUAUCGGCACAGUGGCCUACCUCUUCUUCACCAACCGCCAUGAGGUGAGGAAGAUGACGCUGGACCGCAGCGAGUACACGCGCCUCAUCCCCCGGCUGAAGAACGUGGUGGCACUGGACAUGGAAAUCCCCUCCAACAAGAUCUACUGGUCCGACCUUUCCCAGAAGAAGAUCUACAGCACGCACAUGGACAAGGCCGGCAACUCCUCCCACCACAGCACUGUGAUCGAGAGCGGCAUCGAGGCCCCCGAGGGCAUCGCCGUGGACUGGAUCCACGGCAACAUCUACUGGACCGACUCCGUCUUCGGCACCAUCUCCGUGGCGACCACUGACGGCCACCGCCGCAAGACGCUCAUCAGCGAGAGGCUGGCCAGGCCCCGAGCCAUUGUGGUGGACCCUGUGCACAACUUCAUGUACUGGACAGACUGGGGCACCCCUGCCAAGAUUGAGAAGGGAGGCCUGAACGGAGUGGACCGCGUGCCCCUGGUGACGGAGAACAUCGAGUGGCCCAAUGGCAUCACGCUAGACCUGCUGAACCAGAGGCUGUACUGGGUGGACUCCAAGCUCCACUCCCUGUCCAGCAUCGACGUUCGGGGAGGCAACCGGCGGGAGGUUAUCAUGGACGAGGAGAAGCUCGCUCACCCCUUCUCCCUCACCGUCUUCGAGGAGAAGGUGUUCUGGACUGAUAUCGAGAACAGCGCCAUUCUGAGUGCCAAUCGCCUGACAGGAGGAGACAUUGUGGCCGUGGUGGAGAAUGUGGCAUUGCCUGAGGACAUAGUCCUGUACCACAAUCUGAAGCAGCCCACUGGUGAAAACUGGUGCGAGAGCGGCAAACUGCCCAACGGUGGCUGCGAGUACCUCUGUCUGCCGGCUCCCCAGAUAAACAGACACUCCGCCAAAUACACCUGCGCCUGCCCCGACCACCUGACCCUGGGCCCGGACAUGAGGAAGUGUGUGCCAGUCUCCUCUGAGCCCAAGACCAGCACUGCCAAGCCCCCAGCUACGCCCACUGCCUCCCCAAGGACUCCCCCCGCUCGCCCAGACAACACGGCGCGGCCCACGGCACGCCCCACGGCGCAGGACGUGGUCACCCUCUCCCAGAUAGAUGCACGAAACGGCGUUGCUGCCGAAGCCACCGAAGUCCAUUCCUCCCCGACGGCCUUGUACAUCGUUAUACCGAUCGUUAUCCUGUGCCUGAUGGCGUUCGGAGGUGUCCUCCUAUGGAGGAACUGGAGGCUGAAGAACACCAACAGCAUCAAUUUCGACAACCCGGUGUACCAGAAGACCACUGAGGACGAGGUCCACAUAUGCAGGAGCCAGAGCCAAGAGGGGUACUCCUAUCCAUCGCGGCAGAUGGUCAGUCUGGAGGAGGACCUGGCGUGAUGACCGCUCGGGAAGAGAAGGCAAUCGAAGAAGGAGGAAAAGGGGGCCGGUGGGAUACGGCUGUCUGCUGCUUUUGUUUUCUAACCUCUAAUACCACCCCCACCCUGGACUCUGGCUUUCGAACGCGACCUCACCGCUGUGCCCUUAAAAGACCAAAAAAAAGAAUCUUUUUUUAAAUGAAGAUAACGAAACAAGCGCGAUGCCCUCUGCGUCUGCAGUUGAAACUCCGUCCACACGUGUGGCCCCUGUCUGUUUAAUGGGCGGCACCGGCAGAGGAAAAAGGAAAACUGUUCUUCCUCUAUCAGCUGGGUUGGAAUUGGGAUUCUUCCUCAUGAUGGAGUCGGCCUGAGGACCUGCUGACCAGGUUUUCUUUUGUCUUGAAGUGAAGAUGCUCUCUGGAUGGCAGGAGGGCGCCAGGGGACUGAGGCUUUCCUUCGUCCUCUGGGAAGAAGAGGCCGUGCCCUUCACCGCAAGAGAGAGCCUUGCGAUAACAGCCUGUGUGGGUUAACGAGGACAAUUUAUGGUUUUCCGCCAAAAUUCGACUGCGAUACUUGACGAUGCCCGGGAAAUGGCUACCACUGAACUGAAGGGUUUUCUUUUUGUUUGUUUCUUGACCCUUUUCACUGAUGUUUAUAGAAUUCCUGUCCGGGUUUUGUUCCAAGGCAAUUUUAUUGCUCUGCGUUUCUAAAUGUCGAUUGUACAGUUGCAUGUCUUGCACUAUUUUUGUUUUUUUCUGUUUGUCAGAGCCAUUGUUAUUUAAUUUUUGCUUGCCUUAAAAGGAGAAAUUACGAAGAGCCCAGGGGCUGCGUGCCAUAUUCAGAAAGACACUAAAGAUGGACCUGGUGCCAAACAAGACUUAAACACUCAAAGGGAAAAUAUCAGCUUUUGAAGCACUACAAACCGUUAAAUGCUGAGAGAAAUGGAAAAUUGCUCAUACUUUAACAUCCUGACCACUUGACUUAUAAUAGCUGCACUAUGGGGUCAGAGUUUGACCUGUCUAUGUAUCCUGAGCAAGGAUUCCCCUGUUUGUAGUUUUCCCUUGGAGCGUUUUAAUUUGCCAGUUUUGCAAUACUGGAACGAUAAUGUAGCCAGAGGAAGGUUUUCCUGUGGAUGUUGAGCUUGUUUGUGCCUGUUUUCCCAUAGAGCAACACUGAGCCCCAGCAGCUCAAUGCGCACAAUGUGAAGCUUUGCUCCCCCAAGUGUUUCUGUCCUGUGGCUGAUUAGAUCCUUGUGUUUAAAGAGGCACCUAGAUCUGUGGGUGUUGGUGUUUCCUUUGCGCUGUGUGGGCAGACCUCUGCCCAUCAGCGUGAGGCCCCUCUUAUUCUGUCGAUGCCCAUGAGGAGGGCCUCAUUUUCCUUAAUUCCGCUUUAUGUUGCUUUUUUAUUUUCCUUUGCAACAGUAGCACUAGCUCUCGUUGGAGGUGAGGGAACUCAUAUACCAGUUUAACAGGCGCAAGCGCACGAGAGGUGAGGUCCGAAAGAGAAAAGAGUUGUUCUUAAGGAACUCGGCCUGGACACUGUGACGAGACUAAAUGAGCUGUCCUUCUCUGAAGUCAUGUCUUCCUCUCAACCCCAAUGUGAGGCAACUGCUGAUCUGUCUUCUUCCAGAAACCUGUAGCCUCUCUUUCACACUAGCCUUAAGACAUUAAAUCCAAGGGCAACAUAUCACAUGACCGUGUUGGCCUUUGACCUCCAUAUCUCACAGGCCGCAGUGAAGCUUCAGUACAGCAUCUUCUCAGGGUCACAGGUGGCCGCUGCCUUCUGUCCACGCUUUCAUCGCCUGUUGGUCUUUCAAAAAUGGCUUGUUGUCCUCCUGUGAAAUAGGUUUAGAUUUUUUUAAUUCUCUUAAGCAGGUUGAGAGAAGUAGGCACACCAAGCCAAAACAGGGGCAAUUCACUUGUCCCAGAAUUGCCGUUAUCCUUCUAAAGUGCAGACUUUGCCACAACGCUAUCCUGAAGAACCGUAGCCAGAGACUCAAGGUUUUUGACAUGAAGGAAUGGUUGUUUGAGGUGACUGGGAUACUAUCGUGAACCCCCCCCAACACACACAAACUUAUACAGCUUUGAUUAAGUAAUGUAAAUAUCUCAAGCACAACAUUUCUUUUAAGCUGCUCCGUCCGCUGACCAGUCAUGCCAAACAGCAGUGACCGAAGGACUUGAAACUUUUUUUUUAAUACAACCAGACCUUGAGGAAAAGGAUUCCAGCCACUACGUGGGAGGGGUUGAGCUGGUGAAAUUGCAGUGCAUUCUGGUUCUUGAAGUCACAGAGACAUGAGUAGAUGUAGAGUGGGACUGUCCAGCCCUGGUUCUGGGAAGCCUGUUGGUUUAACAUUCAUAUAUCAGACUUUAAAUCCGGCUGUUUGUGGCUUAAUUGGUCCAAAUGAACAGCUUCUCUCAGCUCUUCAAGUGCUGGUGCUUUAAAGAGUCCUAGAAACACCAGGCCUUCUGGACCAAGAUUGGACAGCCCUAAGGUAGGGUGUAGCAAAUUUUAACUUUAGGUGAACAGUUGUUGUCUGAAUUUAAUUUAAAGGCAAGCCACGUUCAAGUGAGUGGGAAGUUAUUUGUUUUAUUUUCUAAAACAAAGUCCAAAAAAUAUUAACAAGAACUGACUGGCCUUAUUUUCUUUUCGAUAGUGUGAAUAUGUAAAUAUUUUGUAAAAACAAAAUUCUUCUUGUAAAUGUUUUUUUUCCCCUUCUUUUGCACAGCCUUUCUUAUACUUUGUGUUAUGUAUGUACAUUUUGGAACUAGCAAGUAACUGUACAUAAAAUAACAAAUUUAUUUAUUUAAAUAAAAUAAAAAUUGCCUUCUUUUUCUUCAGCUUCCUAUAAUUGCCUUGUAUGAGAGGAGUGGCGGACCGAAGCCUGUAUUUAAUUUAUUUUAUUAUUCUUCAUGUGCAGUCUUCUGUUCACUCUGGUAACUGUGUAACAAAUGGGUAUCUUUCUGUACAGGGGCUCACCACUGGGAACUAAUGAACACUGGAGAAGUGAUCUUUAUAAGAAUGGAAGUCGAGCUCCUGUUGUUUAGGGGUUUGGCCCAGUUCAGGUUUUCCCAUCUGCCUGCUAGUCCUGAUAUUGGCCCGUUUUUGUUUAAAAUGGUCUGUACAGGGCCUGCAGGCACCUCGCGUAAGCUGGAUCAAACCGUUCAGCACUCAGUGCUUUUUGUUUCUGCUGCAGGUAUAAACUUUAAUUGCUAAAUUCAGCGUGUGAUCAAUCAGCAAUAGAUUGAUUUUUUAAAAUUAAGUUGACGUUUUAAAGAAACGACACCUCAGUGCUGUUUUCACAGCAGGAUUUGUGUUUUUUGUUGUCGACAUGUCAGUUUUGCCACAGUCUCUUCAAUCUGGUCUUGACAUGGGCUGUGCUUCAACAGAAUGGGAAUAUGGUGCUAUUUUGUUGUGACAUAAUUUGCCUUAAAAAGUGGGUCAAGAAAAGCCAUUAAGGAUGUAUGAAACAGCAGGUCUCGCCAUACGUGACAUUACCUCAUGAACACGCGCUCUAAAGGCGUACUGUACAUACUAAGUGCAAUUUUCCAUGUCAUGUGUAGAUGGGUGGUUGUUAGGCAGAAAUGACUGGUCUGAAAUGUUGGCUGGAAACAGAUUGCCCCUUUUGAUGCACUUGUUGCUGCAUAUUGUACAAAACUAAAGCUACAGCCUUAAGCGUUGAAAGCUCUGCGCCUCUGUCUUGACUUAGUCUCCCUGAGUACCAGCUCCAGUGAUCUUUCCAUUCCAAGCCUGGUUAACAAUCGGUACAUCUGCUGUGCAAGAAGUUUACGCGAGAAGAGUUCAAUGCAGCUGUGCGCUAAGCAAAGCAGCACACUGCUUGAUUACAGGCAAACUGUAGUCAGUUUGGCUCCAAACAUCCAGGUUAGACGAAAUUUGAAUUUUCUCCUUAAAAAGCACACUCGGAAAAGUGAUUUUUAGAUGUAAAAAGACCCGCUUUGUGGUAAGACACUGUUUAAAAAGAAAUAAAUAAGAAGAAGGUUAAUUUGUGCAAGGGACUGCAUUAGAUCGUGGGUCAAUUUCCAGUUUGGUAAUUUUAUAGCUAUAAUCACUGCAUGAAGCAUCACGCUGUUCAAUUCCUGGUUCAAUUGUGAAGAUGACCACAUUGAAGAUGAAAGUGAAAUGCUGGCACAGAGCCCAGUACGUCAGUGCUCCUUUCUAAACACUGUGACAGGCAAAACUCGGAGUACUGGGGUUUUUGGAGUUCAAACAAAUGGAAGCAAUUAAGAAACCUGGGGAUUGUUUACAGCAAAUGUAAAUUUAAACUCAUUUUUCUCCCUCAAACUUUUCUUAUAAACGCAAGAACUAUGUAAUGUAUUAUUUAUCACAUUGUACAAAAGAGAUUUCCAUUGUAAAUACAAAUGAUAUGUUGUUCUUGUACAUUAUAAAUUGCAAAACGAGAUUGUUAAAUUAUUUUAUUUCAAUAUAACAGAAGACUAA